GUAAGAAUUUGAAUUUUUCAUGUUUUAAACUAUUUCUUAAAAAACAGAAAAGAUGCACCCACAACUUUGUAAGGAGGCAAUUUGUAGUCUGUGUUUUAAUGUUAUAAGUGACACGAAUUGCGAAGUAAUAGGCGAAGCCAUAAUGAACGUUCUAGAAGUAGUUCUGCCAAAUCUGAACAUAGAAGAGCGAAAUAAACAUGUAAUAUGUAAAUCGUGCUCUGUAAAAUUAUAUGCCGCUUAUAAGUUUAAGUUAGUAUGCAUAGAUACCGAGGAUAUCAUGUUUCCAUAUGUUAUUGACAGCAGUAAAUUGUCACUGGUCGACUUAAAAGAAGUUUAUCUAAAGGAGAAAGGGAACAUUCAGUUAACUGAUAUAUCGGAAAAUCAGAAAAUUUGUCGAUUAUGUAUUCAGUUGCUAACGGUUGGAUUUGUGUCAGUAAAUGAAGUGGAUGCUGACAUAAUCGAUACUUAUAUACCAAUAGUGAACUUCUGUGCUACCAAGGAUCCUAUUAUAUGCGGACCAUGUUUUGAUUCGCUUUAUACUCAUGGCGAUUUUUUAAAGAAAUGCCUCGAAGCGCAGGAAAAAUAUAAAUCUAAUGAUAGGCAGUCUUAUAUCAAAUCUGAAGAGAUUGAAAUAAAACUGGAAGAAAAUGGUCAAGAUUUGCAAGAACAAUACGAAAGUCUUGAGCAGCAGUUUUGUAUUAAAUUGGAAAUGACUGAAGUUAAGGUAGAGCAAGGCGAUCAGGAUAGGGAUUCUUAUUCAUAUGGCUCAUCAAUUGAAAACAAAAUGAGAGGCUCUUCAGAAGAUAGAGAAGAAAUAAAGAACAAAUAUAUGCCUAAACGUGAGACAGGAUCUGUUGAAAAUAUUACGACAUCAAUGGAUUCCAAUGUACAAAUACAAAAAAGUGAAAAGUUUAAAUUUCAGAACGGCGAGCCUUCAUUAGAUACACAAUUGUACCAAUGUGAUAAACGUAAACAUGAAUCAAAAUUUAAGGUGGAUCUGAGAAAACAUCAGUUGGUGCAUAAAGAUCUUUCAGAAGUGCGAUCGUUCAAGUGUGAUAAGUGUAGUUAUAAAACUAAGCAUAAGAGUGAUCUAAAGAGGCACCACUUAUCACACAAAAACCCUUCAGAUAUCCAAAUGUACAAGUGUGAUACUUGUACUUAUGAAUGUAAGUACAAGAGUAGCUUAAAAUUGCAUCAGUUGAAUCACAAAGAAAUUUUAGAAAUCCAAAUAUACAAGUGUGACACUUGUACUUAUGAGACUAAGUAUAAGAGAAAUCUAAAACUGCAUCAGUUAUUGCACAAAGAUUCUUCGGAAAUCCAAAUGUACAAAUGUGGUGCUUGUAUGUUUGAAACUAAACUUAAGAAUUAUCUGAAAAAACAUCAGUUAAAACACAAAAACCCUUCGGAAGUCCACAUAUAUAAGUGCGAUACCUGUAGUUAUGGCACUAAAUAUAAGGAUACUCUAAGGAAGCACCGGUUAAAACACAAAAAUAUAUCAGAAGUUCAAACGUACAAGUGUGAUAUUUGUGAUUACACAACUAAAUAUAAGAACAGUCUCAAAAAACAUUUGUUGAGAUAUAAGAACAGAACCUCCAGCAAGAGGAAAUGUGAUACAUGACAAGUAGGAUUUACGCGAAGGCUUGACGAGAAGUAUACUGGCAGCAAAAAUUUGGGGUACAAUAAAUUGUGACUUGUUGAAGAGAAGUUACAGAAGUCAUAAAAGCUAAAUAAAAAACCAAAAAACUUUAAGAUAGAUGGCGAUCAUAUAACGGGAAUUUUAAC